AUGACAUCCCAAUCAACCUCCCCACCCCAAUUCCAAACCGCCCUCCUAGCCGGCGCCCUCGCCGGCACCACCGUCGACCUGCUUUUUGCCUCUGGCGGUUUCCGCGGUAUCUAUCGCGGCGUAGGCUCCUGCGUGAUCGGCUCUGCUCCGGGCGCCGCCUUCUUCUUUGUGACGUACGAAACUACCAAGAGCUUUCUCGCGCCGCCCACACUGGUCACCACGACGACCGGUGAUAAAGAGAAGGCGGAUCUACAAGGACGGGGAAUUGGGGGAUUGAGUCCCGGUGUGACGCACGGUGUUGCUGCUUCGCUGGGCGAAAUCGCCGCUUGUGCGAUUCGUGUCCCGACGGAAGUUAUCAAGCAGCGCGCGCAGGCGGGUCAGCAUGGCGGGAGUUCGCUGAGCAGUUUGCAGCAUAUCUUGCAUCAGCGCGGAGCGAUUGGGUUGACCGGGGUGUGGAGGGAACUAUACCGCGGGUGGGGAAUUACGGUGAUGAGGGAGGUGCCGUUUACUGUUCUUCACUUGGCGGGCGGGUUUGCGGCGGCGUUGACGACGCCGUUGGAUGUGCUCAAGACGAGGAUCAUGUUGAGCGAGAGGCGGGAGGGGAUCGUGAAUGUGGUGAGGGGGAUAUGGAAGGAUGGGGAAGCGAAGACGGGCAGUGGGCUCAGGCCGUUCUUUAGCGGGAUUGGACCCAGGGUGAUGUGGAUUAGUAUCGGAGGAGCGAUUUUCUUGGGGAGUUAUCAGAGUGUUGUUAAUGCGUUUGAGGGGACGAAGAACAAGAAGAGGACUGGUGGGGAGGUGUCGCUUUAA